AUGCCUCGAGAAGAGUCAGAUGCCGAAAGGGCCGAGCGGCAGGCUCGGCUAUCGCAUGCGAUGGGUAAGCUCUUUCUCUCCGACCGUAUAGCCAAGAUGGAAGACGAAGCAACCACGCUCGAACUCCGUCGCAAGCCCGCUGCUUCCUCACAAAAGGGUCCGUCACCGUCUCAUGGCGCAAACAACUCGACCAAGUCUCGGGGCACAGGUAACAGCGAGGGGAUGGCCCACGGUGACAGCAGCAAGAGGGGCCCGGGUCGGGGCCUACGCCAGCAGCAGCCGCAAGGCCCUAUCGCAGUGCGCAUCAUCGAUGUCAGCUUGUUGAUUUAUUCUCUGCGCACGUUGCAUGAUUGGAUCAAAGAGAGACGGUAUCGGCUUGUCGUGCCACUCGAAGCGCUGAAUGUAUUGGACGUGCUAAAGAAAGGAGACAUGGCGAUCAACAUUGCAGCUCGUAAAGCUAUGCGCUUCCUUGACGAGCGGAUCAUCUCCCUACCGAACACGGCGUCAUCAUCGGACACUUUCCGACCCCAAGGUCAGCAACCGCAGUUCGUCGUGCAGAACGACACGGAGCGCAUUAAUUGGAGCGAUAUUGUGGCUCACGUCAACGCCGGACAUAUUCCUGCUGUCGACUCGCGUGUUCAAUUACACGUCGACCCGUCCACAAACGAAGCAGCCAAAGCGCAAAGCAUACAGGCUGCAAAUGACUUGCUGGUCGAGCUGAUCUGGGAUGAGACCGAGGAAUCAGGACGGUCUGUUGGAGCGCCAAGACAUCAGAAUAAAGAAUUGUUGCAGACGAGCAAUGCAGCUGCACAGAGUAGCUCGGAAAGCAAGCCGAGCAAUGACGGCACCGCGUUUUCCUCUGGCGGCGGCAUCGACACAGAUGCACCUUUGCAUGUGCGCGAAACACUCUCCUGCUUUGCAUGGUGGGAGUGUAAGCUACGCUACAAGAUGUACGGUUCCAGCUCGGCAGCGCAGCAAGCGUGCGCAGCGAACGAUGACAAGGAUACCCUGGCGCUGGCCAUUGCUCUCCCUCCGCCAGACUCUGAUGAUCUCAUUACGCCAAGGCCAGCAGCAGAGACAAGGGACGUUGCGGUUUCUCGCUUCCACAUUCGCGCUGAUGGAAGGCUCAUGAAGCGUUACGCCGAAGAAGCGGGCAUGAACGUCAUCGUGGCGCCCACCGCGGCCAGCUGGCUGCAGAUCGCACAUGCCGGCUCCGAGGUCAGCGCACACAGCAGCGACGAGCAGCCCAGACCGGCGAAGGGGAGACCGGCCGAGCGGAAGCUGCGCAAGUCGGCCGCUGCUGUUGCCAGCCUUGCAAAGGAGGACCGCGCUUAUGAUCGCGGUAGCACGCCGCAAAUCAUCUUUUCGAAGUGA